AUCUGAAUCCUGAUAGGUCUACAUGAAAUGAUCAGGCCAUGCUUUCAAGAUUAUCUUUCCAAUAACAUCGAUGCAAGACUGAAGACCCUUACAACCUGAUAAAGCUUGUGGCGAGCAAGACACACACACGGAGGAGUGCAGAGUGAAAAGCAGGAUCUGUUUCAAGUUCUGUAACCUCUGCUUCAGCCAUGAAGAGGAAGGAGCUGAUGAUCGUGCACGGCCUUCUGAUUCUUGGAUGGUUCAUAGCUCUACCGUGCCCUGCAUGUCCAGCCUCUGCAGCUGGCCGCAUCGCACCGCAGGAGAAGGCGGAGUCGGUGACCCCGAUACCGACGCUGUCGCCGCCAGAAGGCAACACGACGUUCAUCAACGGCGUGACGUGGUGCGUGGCCCGGCCGGGCGCCUCCCAGGAGGACCUCCAGAACGCGCUGGACUGGGCGUGCGGCCCCGGCGGCGCCGACUGCUCCCAGCUGCAGCCGGGCGGCCGGUGCUACCAGCCGAACACGCUCCUCACCCACGCCUCCUACGCCUUCAACAUCUUCUACCAGCAGAACGGCAACUCCGACAUCGCCUGCAACUUCGGCGGCGCCGGAGCCCUCGUCAAGCGGGACCCGAGUUUUGGAUCAUGCAAGUUCCUGGCAUCUGAUACUUCUGCAGCAGCUUCCUCGGCGAUGUUGGGAAGGGCGUGGACGGCCAUGGUCGCUGCAUCUCUGAUCGCGCUUCGGCUGAUAGUUUAGGAAUUCUCCAUUCGUGAUGUAGACACGGUCUCUUGCGUGAAGGUUGAGGGCUCACGAUUCCUUUGUUUUGGAUCUCGUAAACUAUCAUUAUGUUUUUGUAUGGCUAUUUUAUUAUUUUAUUUAAUGGACCUGAAAUUUCAAAUUAUUUUGUAUUUUUUAAUCGAUGCACACCACGUCUUGGUGUUGUCCCAUCA